AUGGAUUUAAAGCCAAAAGGUGUGAAAACAUACUCCAAUUUUUCAGAUGAGGACGAAAGAAGGGCAAAUCAACGACAAGAAAAUAAUGAACGCUUUGCAGGAGAAAAAGGAAAGAAUGAGUUGGUUAUAGCUAAGACUUCAGAAAGGCAUGUCAAUCGAAUGACCAUCAAAGAAGAGGAAACAGCUCUUACUCCUCCUUUAUGAAGAAAAACCAUUUAACUUUUUUGGAAAAAUCUCAUCUCCGCAAACAAGUAAUUAUUUUUUAAUGUGCCAAUUUGUUAUAUCAAAUUCUUUUGGGUAUAUAAGUAGUAAAUAUUAUAAUGAAAUAUAUGGCAAAUGUUAUUAAAUUUAAAUAGCUUGAAUUCUAAAGCAUAAAAUUUUAUAAUCUUUUCUAAAAAUUUGAAAAAAAUCAUUAUAUAAAAAUUUUCCUUUUUUAUAGAGAUGUGCUAGCAGGCUUGAGAAAAUUGCUUUAGGCAUGAUUUUGCCUCCUGUUGUUAUUUUUGUAUGUGGAGCAAUUGCUUUUUGAAAAACAAACAAGCACUUUUUGGUCUUUCCUCCAUUUGUGUCACUAAUAGCUUUAUGCUCAACAGUCUGUGCAUAUUUCGGUGCCAAAUAUACCAAGGAGUCCCUAGUUAAGAACGAAACAAUUGCUAUUAAAUGGAACAGCCUUGGCAGUCAAGAUUUUCUAACGAAUUCUUUAUAUAUACUUCAUUUGACAUCAUCAUGCUACUUUUUCAUAGGAAUCAUUUCUUUUAUAUCUCAUGAAAUUUUAUUAGGCCCAAUUGAUGAUCCUAACUUAAGUCAAAAAGUCAAAUGAAUGCUAUUUAUAAUUAGUGGAGCAUCCUUGAAAUAUAUAGUUGGCUACAUAUACAUAUUUUAUUUGGCCUGCAAAUUGAGCAUCGAUUAUCAGAGCAUUCAUAAUUAUGUACAAGUUGUUCAAAUUAGCGUUCUAAUUGCAGCUAUUGGACUAAUUUUAUGCCCAGGGAUUUAUUGGUGGUAUUGGAGCUCAUUUGAUAUUUCUGAAGAGUUAUCCCCAGUAAUAAUCCAAGCUGGGAUUGUGGCUGGGUGCUGCUUGUUAGCUUACUCUCUAUUUUCAUUUUUUGCAGCGUUUAAAGAGCAUAUGUCUUUUAUAAUUAUUUCUCAAAUUUUGUGCGUAAUUAUGUUUAUUUUCCUUGGCCUUUAUUGCAUGCUUAUUAUUUUUUCAACCCAAGAUUUCCUAGAAUCAGUCAGUACGAAUUGUUACUCUUUAUUAAACAUGAUGCAGGAUAAGCAUUUAAAUUAUAUAGGGUGCUCAAAUAAAUUUAUAGAUAUACAAGCCUCUGAAGAAGAUUUGCAAUGCCCUAAAGACCAAAUUGUAAAAAUUGUGGACAAAAGCACUGAAAAAUAUGGAUGCUUGAAUCAAGAGUGCUGUGAGGUUAUCAGUACUUCUGCAUCUGCUGGGCUGGAUUUUAUUGUUGGAUUUUGUAUUACUGGACAAAUAUUAUUGAUUUUUGCAUUGGAGUGCACAAGGAAUUUAGCUAAAAAGAUAUAAUUUUCUCUAAAUGAUUCAAGAUUUAAUAAUUUUAGUUAAGCAAAAAAUUAUAGAUUGAUUGGUUAUGCAUAGAAAAAUUCGGAAGAGAUGGCGACAGAUUUAUGGAUAAAAGACUUUUUGGGGUUAUUAUUACUGUACUUCUAAUAAGCCUUGCUAUAGGGUAUGCUUUGAAAUAG